GCUCGUACAAGAAAUAUGGUGAGUUCUUGAAAGACUUUUUUUUACACGAACAGAAUGACGAAAACACUCAAUCGAAAAAAUCAUCAGCGAUUACACUAUGAACAUUUUGCUUCUCGACAUACCCGCUGAGGUCUCAUUCCAAUGCCCCUUUCUUCCGCUAACUGGUCAAGGCAGUGAAGAGAAUUGAAAGAGAACUCUCCCGAUCGUUUGUCAGAGCGUUUGGAGAAACCGUAGAACCCACCAUUCAGCGAGAGUAGCACUGAGAAUACCAUCCGUAUGGAAGUUGGGAGCCAGCAAUGGUAAAACUGCUAAACUUUCAGUACGAACAAAGCUGUUCAAUGUUUAAGACCGAGACACUCGUGCAAGUCGGGAGUUGCAGAAGGGGUUUGAUGAAUUGCAAGUGCAAAAAGCAACAGGAUAACUGAAGGCGGUAGUCAAACUGACCACACUGCCCAUAUUUUAGUUACCUACCCGAUUGAAGAAACCUUAGUUGCAAACAAUACACGAAAAAGUGAGAAGGCACUACUAAAGAAUUCAGUGGUGUUUUAUUGUCUUCCGCUGUGUUUAUUGAACUCCAAUCAACCUCGGUGUGUGAAAAGUAUCAGUAUAGCCCGAAAAAAAGGACGCGGGGGUGUUCGAGUACGUGUCUAUGCGUAUGUGCAUUUGCCUGCACAUUUACCUUUCCCAACAAAUUUGUUAUUAACAAGUUGCAACUCGGGUUUUUGCAGUGAUUUACAGAACCUCACGAUUCCAACUUUUGUUGUGUUCGAAACAAUUUGCUUACUGUGCAUUUUUGUUCAUAUCUUCAUGUUUAAAUCGUGCAAACCGUGUGCGGCAACUAUACCAUCUUCAACUAGCUCUCCUAUCAAACGUGCAACUAUCAUCUCGUUAUCCAUUAGUUUUGAAACAAACAACCGGUACACAUUUUAUUUAUUUGGUCUCACUUUUGUUUUGGUGUCAAAACGGUAAUUUGAAGUUCAUUCAUAGUGUGUGAUUUCAACUUAUCACCGCUUUAUGCCGUCAAUCUAGUGUUUCAAAUUAACACCGUUUUCUAACUACAAGUAACAUCAGCAGUAUUGACCCAUUUUCGUACACAACAACAACAACUAAGGAUACUAAUAAUGGAUACGGUUUGGGCUACAUUUGUGUUAUUAAAUAUCGUCAUCAUUUAUGGACAAACAUAUGGACAAUCAACAGUCAAUGUUCAGCUCGUAUUAAGAAAAUACGUGGAAAGGGGUAGUGCGGUGGCACUGUAUUGUGAAAACGACGUAUUACCCGAUAUUUUGUACAAAGUAACCUUUCUCAAAGAAGACAACAAAAUAUUUGAAUAUAUUAAAGGACGUAGCCCACCAUAUCGAAAUUUUAGCAUACCAGGAGCUGAAAUUGAUUGGAAAAAGGUUACUCCAUCAACACUGACUCUGAAGAAUCUAGACUACGACGCAUCAGGCUCGUACUAUUGCGAAGUAUCAACUGAUACGCCGAUCUUCACCAAGGCAUCAAACGAUGAAGUAUUGCACGUCAUGCUGCCACAGAAGGGUCCACCAACGAUUGAAUUUGCAAAAAAACAGCUGUAUUAUGGUGAUAUGCUUAUUGCAAAUUGUACAACAUCACGAGCUCGUCCAUCUCCUCACAUUACGUGGUUGAUCAAUGGCAAACCGGUUGAUGAUGCUCAUGUCAGACAGUUACAUCACAAUUCCAAAAAUAGUCACCGGUCGAAAGUUCAACAAGGCCUCGGACAACAAAUUCCUGUUUACCACGGGAAGGUUAUCGGUUCUGGAAUCAGUUCUUCUGGGAGUAGUAGUUUAAAGGAACUCAAGCAACGCACCAAAGCGGUUGAGACAGAUUUCCAAGAUAAACUAUCGAAAUCUACUAUCCCGAUGGGGAUGGGUGCAGGCGUAAACAGUGGUAUCGAAGGAUAUUCUAGAAGCUUCGAGAUACAGCCUAAUAUAGCGUUCAACAAUUUCGAUGGUGGCUACAACUAUGGCGUUAAGAUGCAUCAUCCUGGCCGGGAAAGAAAUGGAGGAAAUACAAUUGGAUUAUUAACUGGAGCUUUUGGAGGUUCUGCGUACGGGACUUUUGGUGGUAUGGCCGGGCUUGGAUCGCUAGGCACUGGGCCUGGACUUGGCGCAGCUGACAUAAUCGUAGAGGAGGGUAAUAAAAAGAUUUGGCAGCGAAAUGACUACAACUACAAUAACAACAACCACUACGACAAUAAGCAGCUACAAGAGCAACAACAACACUAUGACAAUGGAUAUAGGAAACAUCGUCCAAUGUAUGAUCACAAAUACCGACGGCAUGUCAAUGAGGGCGAAACACGUAAAAGUCACAGAGUUUUUGCCUCAUACAGUCAACUAUCUAUCCGCAUAACAGAGGCUUUAACUAACAAUGUGGGUCGGAUAGAAAUCACCUGUUUAGCAACAAUUCCAGCACACGUGGAGCCGGGGGAGCAGUAUGCUGACUAUAAGACCUCGUUAAUUAAACUUGACAUCGAACAAAACGAUCAAACAUCACCACAACCAUCAAUGAGUGGUAUGGCUGCUUUCGGUAAUUCUGGAGCGACGAAAAACAGUUUAUUUUCGGUUCCAUUCCGCAUUCAUUUAGUAGUUGCUGUAGGCAGCGUUCUGUUAGUCCUAUGCAUUGCUAAUUGUUGCAUAACUGCUCUGUUUGUGUAAACCUCUCUAUUUAAUUAAUAUAACCAUGAAUGAGUGAUCGAACCCGUGAAAGUUGAUAUGAUUAUAUUCUGUGUUUAUUUUUCACGAUACGAUUCAAGUGUUUCAUUUUUGCUCGUUUGAAGCGAAGUGAAAAAAACAAUAUCGUGUGUUAAACAAGCACGACACAUGUGUUAAGUAAAGUAAAAAAAAAUAUGCGACUGAAAACUAACAAAAACUGGCCGCUAGAAGCAUAUUCAUACGGUUUAUUUUCUUCGGUUUAACAUGUGCAAUGCUCUUUUCAACACUUUUCCGAAAAGAAACAAAUUGCAGUAACAUUGCUAUUUCCUUGUAAAAUACGCAACGUUCGGAUCGAACAAAUGAGGCUGUGAGAAGCUCCCAAAACCAAAUAAAAAAGUGAAGCAGUGCAAGUUGAUAACAGUGUAGACUAUUGAAAGGAAUGCGAUAAUAUGGAAAUGUUCUAUCAACCAUCAGCCAAUAAACGUUUGAAAAAGAAUCACAAUGAACAACGAACAGAAUUGCGCACGCAGGAGUUAAUCGCAGUAUGUAACACAUUUUCAUAUUCAAGAAUAUCUUGAUGCUGCCUUCAGACAUUUGGUGGUGGUGGAAAACUUUUUUCACCAAACAUAUUUAUUUAUAUCUCUUACAUGUUCUGUACAUCGAUUCACAUUUAACGCAGCAACAAACAAACUGAAUUGAAUCCCAUGUGUCACAAUAAAUGUAAUGUACGUUCUUUUGAAUACGAAUACGUUUGUAUAAGAAAGGUAAAUAUUAGUUAUAAUAAUAAGACAAAAGUAAAAUUAAAUAUUUUACGUUUUUAAAGAAAAAUUAUACCACCUCAUUUUUAAUACCACAUAUACGCUGAUUAUUAUAUCUGAUGUUUGAGACAACAGUUCUAAAUUGAGGUGUGACAACUUGAA